UGCCCAAACUGCAGAAGCCUUUUCUCGCGCACCACCAUCCAACGCCUGAAGCUAUGGUGGAAGUCGAUUACGGAUAUGGAGACGCUACUCCUGAAACGGACUACGGAUAUGGAGACGGGGCUCCUGAAACAGACUACGGCUAUGGCGAUGCGGCUCCACAGACCAACUAUGGAUAUGGCUCCGCCAAACCUGAUACUGACUACGGCUAUGGUGAUGCUAAACCUGAUACAGAUUACGGCUACGGGGAUGCUGCCGGUACGGAUUACGGAUACGGCACGGAGGAACCCGCAGGAAAUUCCGAAAGGCAACCCGUCAAGCGACGAUGUUCGGUGACGAAGUACUCCUUACAGACCGCGCAACCCCCAGUAUCAGAGACGGAACAGCAGGCGCAAAGAACUCCCCAGUCAGACGAGAAGUCGACCGCGCGUACAGCGGCUUCAAGCUGCGCAAGCUCGACAGAUGGUAUGGAUCAUCACUCUUCUCUACACAAGAAUGAUGUCGUGCACAAGAAACAUCAUCCGAAGACGGGAAUGCUGAAAAAGAUUCGCAAGCGCUUAUCCAUCGCCUUUUGAGUAUACAAUACACCUACAUCACAUAUUGUGUACGCUUACGCCAAAAAUCUCAUGAGCGGUUUGCAAUGCAAAACACUUUUCUGUGUCGUUUACUUUUCCAUAAUUCCGAUAACUCAUACAAUGUCAUAG